GGUCAGGCAUGGGCAUGGGUACCGGUGUGGGUAACGGUAUGGGCAUGGGUACCGGUAUGGGUACAGGCAUGGGAACUGGUAUGGGCACUGGUAUGAUGAACGGUAUUGGCACCGGCAUGGGUACUGGAAUGGGUACUGGUAUGAUGAACGGUAUUGGCACCGGUAUGGGAACUGGCAUGGGCACCGGUAUGAUGAACGGUAUGGGCACCGGUAUGGGAACUGGCAUGGGUACCGGUAUGAUUAACGGUAUGGGCACCGGUAUGGGAAGUGGCAUGGGCACCGGUAUGAUGAACGGCAUGGGCACUGGUAUGGUCAACGGGAUGGGUGCUGGAAUGAUGAACGGAGGCAUGAUUCCCCAACAGAGUGAGAGUAAUUUCGCUCACGGCGGCCAGUAUGGUGGACAGAGCUUGGCCAACGGUGCGUCCGGUCUCGGCUCGCAGGCCGCGCAGAGCGCUGGCGGAGGCAACUUCCACAACAUCGGAUCUCACCAUACUAGUCAAUCUUCAGUCAACCACGUAGAAAACGACGAGACCCACAACAUAGGCGGUGGUACUGGGUUCAACCAAGGUGCGGCCGCUGGUGGUGGCUUUGGCCACUACCUGAACGGAGCUUCGCAAUUCGGCAACAACUACGGUGCGGGCAACCAGCAAGGCUUGAUUGGAUAAAAUAGAAAAACUCGAGAUUGGAAAUAAACUAUUUUUUU